AUGCCGAGACACUCGGACCUUCCGGAUGCAGAGGAGACCACCUGGACCUCUUACCGGUGGCCAGGUGGACAGGCUUCAGCUCACCUUCAGCCUCACCUUCAGCUUCUGCACAUGUUUCUGGCAGCCCUGCUCUUCUCCUCAGUGAGGGAUGCAUCAUCUCACCCUCAGUGCCUGGACUUCGAACCCCCUUUCGGACUCCCGCAUCACCUGGAGUUCUGCAGAGAGUACGAGAAAUUUGGCUGCUGUGACCAGGACAUGGACAACAGGAUUGCAGAGAGGUACUGGGACAUAAUGGACCUGUAUGACAUGCAAGGAGAUGAACUCUGUGGUCAGUUCAUCAAAAACAUACUUUGUCAGGAAUGUUCCCCCUAUGCUGCGCACCUCUAUGAUGCUGAGGACUCUUACACGCCCAUACGCCACAUCCCAGGGCUCUGCUCCAACUACUGCUCCGAGUUCCAUGUCAACUGCAGGUCGAUGGUUGAGCACUUGACUGAUGACAAGGGCCUCCUGGAGGUCUGUCAGAAGGACCCGAUCAAGUUCUGCAACCUGCUGAGCCUUCCUGACCCAGACUACUGCUACCCUGACGUGCUCCAUAGUACCAUCUUAAACCAUGACUUGGGCAUCGUGGUACAGGAUCUGCAGGGCUGCCUGCACCUUUGCCUCACAGAGGUGGCCAACGGGCUGAGGAACCCCGUGCUCAUGGUCCACAGCGGUGACGGCACACACCGCAUGUUUGUGGCCGAGCAAAUGGGCUUCGUGUGGGUCUACCUGCGUGACGGGAGUCGGCUUGAGGAGCCCUUUCUGGACAUCACUCAGGAUGUGCUCACAACACCCUGGCUGGGGGACGAGCGAGGUUUCCUGGGGAUGGCUUUCCACCCCAGUUACCAAAGCAACGGCCGUUUCUUCAUCUAUUAUUCCAUUUUGAUGAAGAACAAGAUGGAGAAAGUCCGCAUCAGCGAGAUGAGGGUGUCCAGUGAUGACAUGAAUAAGGCAGAUCCUCGCUCUGAGAGGGUGAUUUUAGAAAUUGAAGAGCCCGCAGCCAAUCACAACGGUGGCCAGCUCCUGUUUGGCCAGGACGGCUACAUGUACAUAUUCACUGGGGAUGGAGGAAAAGCUGGGGAUCCAUUCGGCAAGUUUGGAAAUUCCCAAAAUAAGAGUUCUCUCUUGGGAAAAGUGCUACGCAUUGACAUUGACAGCAGUGACAAGGUGCCGUACAGCAUCCCAGAAGACAACCCCUUCGUGAGUGAACCAGAUGUGCGGCCAGAAGUCUAUGCAUACGGUGUCAGGAACAUGUGGCGCUGCUCGGUGGACCGAGGGGAUCCCGUCACCCGGCAUGGAAAAGGCAGGAUAUUCUGCGGCGAUGUGGGCCAGAACCGGUACGAGGAGGUCGACCUCAUCGUGAAAGGAGGAAAUUAUGGCUGGAGAGCCAAGGAAGGGUUUGAGUGCUUUGAUGUCAAAAUGUGUUACAACUCAUCUCUAGAUGACAUCCCCCCAAUUUUUGCAUAUGCUCAUCACGUUGGGAAAUCUGUAACAGGGGGUUACGUGUACAGAGGAUGUGAGUCCCCCAAUCUGAAUGGCUUGUAUAUCUUUGGAGAUUUUAUGAGUGGUCAGCUUAUGGCAUUAGAGGAAGAUACAAAAACAGGGGAAUGGAAAAAGAAGUCCAUCUGCAUGGGAGACACAAAGAUGUGCUUAUUCCCUGGACUGAUCAACCACCACCACAAAUUCAUUAUUUCCUUUGGAGAGGAUGAAGCAGGAGAGCUGCACUUCAUGGCAACCUCGUACCCAAGUUCGGUCUCUCCAUUUGGAACGAUCUACAAAUUUGUGGACCCCUCCAGGCGGGCCACACCUGGGAAGUGCUCGCAGAAAUCACUUCCAGUCAAAGUGAAGGGAAAGAGAGUUCCUUUCGUGCCGCGGGAGUUGACUCUAUUGUCAUCCAAUGAAAAGCCAACGAGGCCUCCGCCAAAGAAAAUUAAAUUUCCAAACAAACCACCAGUGAAAAGUUCAUCCAGAACUAUUCCAGCAACAGUGACCUCCCAGACACUGGAGGCCACGCCCACCCCCUCUGAAAACUCAACUCAACAACUCUCCGCACAACACAAAGAGGACGGAGUCGCAGAAGGCAUCUAUAAUUCAUCGCAGAUUCAGUCUUCUUCACCUUUGCAUCACAUGCAUAAGUGCCUCUCCAUACUGGUCAGCAGUUAA